GAAGACGAUUCGUCGUGCGGCAUUGUUACAUUAUGAAGCGUUAUCUAAUUUGUUUAUAUUUUUCUACUUCGCUAUCUAGCUACUGUAAUAUCUAAUGUUGGGUGUUUCAAGCUACUAUAGCUAGCUAUCUAUUCUGUCAAUACAGUUAGCUAACGUUAUCUAGAUAGCUACUAACGUUAGAUAGGCUAACUGCCAUUAGCUAACUAACUUAUAUCUAACCUAGGUCUGGGGCUUUAUCUACCAUAGCAAUUCAUUUUUAACUUCCAGUGUUGUCCAGUCGUUCUGCAUCGCUUCUGGUAUGGAUUAUGGGAAGGAGAGGGUUGUGGCGUUGGUGGAUAUGGACUGUUUCUACGUGCAGGUGGAACAGAGGCUGAACCCCGCGCUGAAAAACACCCCGUGUGUGGUCGCACAGUACAAGACAUGGAAGGGAGGCGGGUGAGUCGACGUAGCUAACAUACACACAUCAAUCCAGAAUAAAAUAUGUAGACCUAGGGGCAAUGAGACAGUGGGAGUGAGUCGUAGGUGCUUCCCAUUACCCCAUGUUUCUUCGUUGUAUGGGUCAGGCAGGCUAAGAUUUAACUCCAGUGUCCAUUAUAAUGUAAUGGAGACAGUCAGUGGAAUUAAACCUUAGCUUGGGCUAGGCCUGACUUGUGAUGCAUACCUACAUCGUCUGGUUCUCACCUCUACAAAACGUUUGUCUCUCCCAUACAUUAGUUUUUUUUGCAUGGACUGCUCAGAAAACAUACCUGGACUAUGAUACUCACACUUUGUAUCUUUACCCAGUAUCAUAGCUGUGAGUUACGAGGCCAGGGCCCAUGGUGUCUCCAGGAACAUGUGGGCAGACGAUGCCAAGAAACUGUGCCCAGAUCUCCAGGUUGCAAGGGUCAGAGAGGCACACGGGAAGGCAGACCUCACCCAGUACGUGUCCGUUAUACAAUAUUUUAAGUAACUUGUUACCAAAACGUAAAUCCCCAGGAACUCCUUCAGAAAGCCUGCAGUGCUAACCAGCUAACUGUCACCCCCUGUGUAGUUACCGGGAGGCGAGUGUGAAUGUGAUUGAGGUGAUGUCACGCUUCGCUGUGCUCGAGAGGGCCAGUAUUGACGAGGCCUACAUGGACCUGACUGCUGCGGUACAGCAGAGAUUGAAAAGCAUGACUGAUCAGCAGGUAGACCCUCAGCUCCUGAAGACCAGCCACGUCCAGGGCUACCCACUGGCUCCUCUUGACCAGGAAGGGGCAGCACAGGACACCGCAACUGAUAAAGGUGAGUUUUAAACCACAGUCGUCAUUGGGCUGGGAUUGGGUUCGUUUACCCCAAAAACUCUAAAUAUGAGUGUCGAGUUUGAGCAUUUCAGAAAAAUAUUUAGGCCUAUCUCUUUUAGUGCUGUGUUCUCAUUUUAUAUACACUGCUCAAAAAAAUAAAGGGAACACUUAAACAACACAUCCUAGAUCUGAAUGAAUGAAAUAAUCUUAUUAAAUACUUUUUUCUUUACAUUGUUGAAUGUGCUGACAACAAAAUCACACAAAAAUGAUCAAUGGAAAUCAAAUGUAUCAACCCAUGGAGGUCUGGAUUUGGAGUCACCCUCAAAAUUAAAGUGGAAAACCACACUACAGGCUGAUCCAACUUUGAUGUAAUGUCCUUAAAACAAGUCAAAAUGAGGCUCAGUAGUGUGUGUGGCCUCCACGUGCCUGUAUGACCUCCCUACAACGCCUGGGCAUGCUCCUGAUGAGGUGGCGGAUGGUCUCCUGAGGGAUCUCCUCCCAGACCUGGACUAAAGCAUCCGCCAACUCCUGGACAGUCUGUGGUGCAACGUGGCGUUGGUGGAUGGAGCGAGACAUGAUGUCCCAGAUGUGCUCAAUUGGAUUCAGGUCUGGGGAACGGGCGGGCCAGUCCAUAGCAUCAAUGCCUUCCUCUUGCAGGAACUGCUGACACACUCCAGCCACAUGAGGUCUAGCAUUGUCUUGUAUUAGGAGGAACCCAGGGCCAACCGCACCAGCAUAUGGUCUCACAAGGGGUCUGAGGAUCUCAUCUCGGUACCUAAUGGCAGUCAGGCUACCUCUGGCGAGCACAUGGAGGGCUGUGCGGCCCCCCCCAAAGAAAUGCCACCCCACACCAUGACUGACCCACCGCCAAACCGGUCAUGCUGGAGGAUGUUGCAGGCAGCAGAAUGUUCUCCACGGCGUCUCCAGACUCUGUCAUGUGCUCAGUGUGAACCUGCUUUCAUCUGUGAAGAGCACAGGGCGCCAGUGGCGAAUUUACCAAUCUUGGUGUUCUCUGGCAAAUGCCAAACGUCCUGCAUGGUGUUGGGCUGUAAGCACAACACCCACCUGUGGACGUCGGGCCCUCAUACCACCCUCAUGGAGUCUGUUUCUGACCGUUUGAGCAGACACAUGCACAUUUGUGGCCUGCUGGAGGUCAUUUUGCAGGGCUCUGGCAGUGCUCCUCCUGCUCCUCCUUGCAAAAAGGCGGAGGUAGCAGUCCUGCUGCUGGGUUGUUGCCCUCCUACGGCCUCCUCCACGUCUCCUGAUGUACUGGCCUGUCUCCUUGUAGCGCCUCCAUGCUCUGGACACUACGUUGACAGACACAGCAAACCUUCUUGCCACAGCUCGCAUUGAUGUGCCAUCCUGGAUGAGCUGCACUACCUGAGCCACUUGUGUGGGUUGUAGACUCCGUCUCAUGCUACCACUAGAGUGAAAGCACCGCCAGCAUUCAAAAGUGACCAAAACAUCAGCCAGGAAGCAUAGGAACUGAGAAGUGGUCUGUGGUCACCACCUGCAGAACCACUUCUUUAUUGGGGGUGUCUUGCUAAUUGACUAUAAUUUCCACCUGUUGUCUAUUACAUUUACAUUCCAUUUGCACAACAGCAUGUGACAUUUAUUGUCAAUCAGUGUUGCUUCCUAAGUGGACAGUUUGAUUUCACAGAAGUGUGAUUGACUUGGAGUUACAUUGUGUUGUUUAAGUGUUCCCUUUAUUUUUUUGAGCAGUGUAUAUGGUAUCUUGACAUUCUAUAUCUGUCCACAUCCCUGAGUUUCUGAUAAAAGACCAUGUCAUUUCAGAUUUUCACAUAAAAAAAGUAUAAUUACAUUUUAUUGUUAACAUACACAUAUUUAGCAGAUGUUAUCGUGGGUGUAGCAAAAUGCUUAUGUUCCUAGCUCCAACAGUGCAGUAAUACCCGACAAUAUAAAUCCCCCCCCCCCCAAAAAGGAGAUUUAAAAAAUAUUAGAAAGAGCAAUGAGUCAGAGUUCGGAAUAUAAAUAUACACUGAGUGUACAAAACAUUAGGCACACCGGCUUUUUCCAUGACACAUUGACCAGGUUAAUACAGGUCGAAAACUAUGAUCCCUUAUUGAGGUCAAUCUGGAGGUGAAAGAAACGCAGACCUGUUUAGGUGAGGUGCUGGCUAGUGGAGUAGAACACUUGAAAAAGAAAAGGAGAGCUGCAUACUCUAGGAGCUCAGAUGCAAUCAUUUAAUAACCUAAUAACCAAUGUUUCGACAGACAAGCUGUCUUCAUCAGGGUAUAAUGACAAACACUGCGGUUCACUAGUUUUUUAUAAACUGGGUGGUUCGAGCCAUGAAUGCUAAUUGGCUGAAAGCCGUUGUAUAUGAGACCGUAUACCACGGGUAUGACAAAACAUUUAUUUUUACUGUUCUAACUACAUGUGUAACCAGUUUAUAAUAGCAAUAAGGCACCUCGGGGGGUUUGUGUUAUAUGGCCAAUAUACCACGGCUAAGGGCUGUAUCCAGGCACUCCGCGUUUUGUCGUGCAUAAGAACAGCCCUUAGCCGUGUUAUAUUGGCCAUAUACCACACCCCCUCGGGCCUUAUUGCUUAAAUGUAGUUUCAAUGGACACACAGGUGUCUGUAAUCAUGGCUGGGUGUGGCUUGAUUUCAUUGGUUAAUUUCAGAUAUAAAUAGAACAUAUAAAAAGCAUAAAUGAAUAACAUACGAUCAUAGAUAUAAUUUGGCUACAUAGGCCAACAAACAUUUACAAUGGAUAGCAAAAACACAAUAAUCACAAGAAUGGCUUCAGAUUAAAGUCUACGUUGAGACCGAAGAGAGCGAGGGUCUUUAAAUUAAAGAUUCAGGUAGCCUCUCGUUUUAACAAUAAAUUAUCAAGGGUACCCCCUCUCCUAGGGAGGGUGAUGUGUUCGAUGCCGAUAUAAGAAGGGAUGAAACAGUGGUUAGCUUCCAAGAAGUGGGCCGCAACUGGGUACAUUGAGUUUUUGCACCUAAUAGUGCUAUGAUGCUCAGAGAUUCUUACUUUUAAUUUGCCCUUCGUUCCCCCCACAAUUUUUACCACAAGGACAAGUUAUAAGAUAAAUAACUGCCUUAGUGGAGCACGUGAUAACACCUUUGAUUGGGAUCGGUUUCCCUGUUUGAGGGUGUUUGAAGGAUCUACAUUUGUAAGUGCCGUUGCAUUGAGCACAGCUAUUACACUUGCAGUUUCCAUCCAAUAGAGGCGCAAAUAGACGUUGUGCGGGGGUAUUUUGGGGUGGUAAAUCAGAGUUUACCAAUUGAUCUCUGAGAUUUCUGCCCUGCGAGAAUACGACCAAGGGAGGGUCCGAAAACACAUUACCCAUACUGUCAUCGGAUCUUAGAAUGUGCCAAUGUUUGUGAACCAUUCCCUUCAUUUGUUCAGAGCACUUUGAAUAGCGCGUAGUAAGAAUGCAAGAAUGCUUCUUUUCACCAGACUGUCCUUGAAAGAGAUCAUGUUUCGAUUUGUUUUGGAUUUUCUCAAUGGCGGUAUUAAUCUGACCAUUUUUGUACCCCCUCUCUUUGAACUUUCUUUGCACCUCAGCCAUAUUUCUGUGGAAAUCUGAUCGAUCUUUACAAAUUAUUUUGAUUAGACAGAAUUUGCUCCAUGGCAAACUGUUUUUCAAGGGAAGCAGAUGACAGCUAUCAGUCCUCAACAAACUAUUACGAUCAGUAGGUUUCCUGUAAAGAUCAGUGUAUAGAACAUCAUCCUCACACAAGAUAUAAAAAUAAAGUGAAACUGAUUUGACGUGUGUCAGAUUGCAUAGUAAAUCUCUGGUGCUCAGAACAAGAGUUAAGAAAUGCAUGGAACUCCUGGAGCUGUUUUGCAUCACCCCGCCAUAGAACAAAAAUAUCAUCAAUGUACUGUUUCCAAAUAAUAAUGUUAGGCAAGAAAACAUUUUUGAGAGGUUUGAGAAUUGACUGUUUCUCCAUUUAACCCACAUACAAAUUAGCAUAGUUAGGAGCCAUAGGGGAUCCCAUAGCAGUACCCUUCGUCUGGAUAAAGAAAUAAUUUAGAAAUAGUUGUGUGUGUGUGUGAGUACAAUUUCAGCCAAUGUUAUAAUGCAUGCACUGGAAGGUAGUUCAUUGGGUUCACGUUGCAGAAUUAUUUUUUCCAUGGCUUCAAUACUGCCUCGUGUGGAAUAUUUGUGUAUAACGACAACAUCAAAAGUAACUAACAAAAGGAUUCUCAGGGAGAGGAUCAAGAGAUUCAAUGAUAGAGAUCAUACUGCUGGUGUCCUUUACAUAGGAGGGGAGCUGUUCUGCGGGUGGUCUAAUAACACAUUCAACAACAGUUGAUAAUGGGGCCGUUACUGCAUCAAUGCCCGCUACAGUAGAGCGACCAGGAGGUUUUGUAACAUUCUUGUGUAAUUUCGGCAAGGUAGAGAAAGUGGCAAUUUUAGGGUGUUGAAUAGCCAAAAAGUUGUGUUCUUUUUUUAUUGAUUUGACCAGAACUUAAAUACCCAUCUAGGACAGUAAAGAUAGUGUUCUGAAAUUGGGAAGUGGGGUCACUUCUGAGUUUCUUGUAAAAGGUGUUGUCAAGCAGUUGUCUAUGACCCUCAUUUACAUAAGCUGUCCUAUCCAUGAGUACAACCGACCCACCCUUAUCAGCAGGGCGGGUAAGGACUGACGUAUCGGAUUGUAAAUCAAGCAAAGCUUGUUUUUCAUCCUUAGGUAAAUUAUGGAAAGAUAUGUACUCAUGUUUGUUCUUAACCCUCCCGUUGUCCUAGGGUCAAAAUGACCCGCCACUGUGUUGAACCAACUUUAUUUAAUUUGUAUAUUUUUUUUGAUCAUUUGUGAUCCUCCUUCUCACAAAUGAUCCCAAAAAUAUACAAAUUAAAUAAAGUUGGUUCAACACAGUGGCGGGUAAGGCUGAACGAUUUUGGAAAAUAAUCUAAUUGCGAUUUUUUGCCCCCAAUAUUGCGAUUGCGAUUUAAUAUGCGAUUUAAUUUAUUUAUCCUUUUUCCCCUACAAAACAUAAUGAAUGAUUUAAAUAUGACCAACACAAUAGUAUAUACAUUUAGUGUGAAAUGUUCUUUCCCAUAGGCUGGGUCUAUUUGUUAGAAUUAAAUUCAAACAUGUAUGACUUGAAAUAAAUGACAUUUUUAUUGAACUGCUCAUUACAGAAACAUCUGUGGCUUUGCCACUGUGCAUUUAAAUAAUUUAAACAAAGGCAUGAACUUUGUAAACACUGUGUGCAAAAGGUACAGUCUUAAGAAAAAAAUAAUUUUAAAUUGUAUGUAUCUUACUGCUCCCAAGUCAGUAACAUUUCACACAACUGAAACAAGGAAUUAGCUUUGAAAAUAUUUUGUAAAAUCAAAGUAAAUAAAGUUAUAAAUAAAAAAUGAGAAAUGCACUUUUAAUUUAGACAAACUAUUUUUUAUAAACGAUUUGAAUAUUAUAAUAUAAAAUAGAUGAGCCUCACUUAUCUCAAGUACACAACAAUAACACACCACACAGACUAAAGUUCACUACGAGUAUGGCACUGCCAGCCAUACUUAUCCAACAGUUCUGUUCUCAGUGGCUCACAGGUUUUUUGCUAAGAAAACCAGAAUAUUGACUUUUUCUGGCUUCAAGGAUGAGCGAGUGCAAGUCACAAUAUUCCCUCCUGUGCUAAAAAGACGCUCUGAGGGAGCGCUUGUAGCAGGUACACAAAGAUACUUGCGUGCCAUGGUGCACAACUGUGGGUAGCUGAUCUUGUGCACCCUCCACCAAGCCAAUGGAUCAUCUUCUCCAUCAAUGGUAGGAGUCAUCAGGUAAUUGUUUAUCUCUGCCUCUGCGACUGAGAGGCAUCAUAUCUUUGGCUAUGAACUCGGUUAUUGUCCGAGUGAUUUCUCCGUGCCGUUUUGAAUUACGUUCAUACGGAGUGACACUUUCGAACAUUUCUGUCAGUGAUCCCUGUCUUGAGGUAUUUGGCUUGUCUCGCGCACUGAUGCUCGGCAUUUUGGUCAUACAACUGUCAUGCAUUGAUUUGUGGUAUUUUUUUAAGUGCUGAAACAGGUUUGUAGUGUUACCCCGUGAAGUAGCAAUCGGAGCACGGCAUGCUCUGCACAACACCUGACGCUGCUCAGCAUCUUCUUUUUUAAAACCAAAAUAGUUCCACACCACCGACGUGCUGUUCCUCUUCGAUAUUAAAGUAUCAGCUGUGUCAGUUUCUGACUGUUCCGUCGAGCAAGAGGCCAUUGCGCUGGACAGCAUGAAAAGUCGCGUCACGUGACCACCUCAAAUCGCGCACGUUGCGAUUAGAAAAUCGCGUUCAGUCAAAUCGCGAUAUUAUCGCGAAUGCAAUUAAUCGUUCAGCCCUAGUGGCGGGUCAUUUUGACCCUAGGACAACGGGAGGGAGGAGAUUAUCAACAUCUUUUUCAACGAGUCUGCAAUAUGUCUCAAUAGAACGAUUGCGAUUGGCUGGAGGUACAAAAUAACUCUAAGGAGUCGGAGUGUGUGCAGGUGAGGUCACCUGUUAAAUCCACUUCAAUCAGUGUAGGUGAAGCGGAGGAGACAAGUUAAUAAAAUACUUUUAAGCCUUGAGACAAUUGAGACAUGGAUUGUGUAUGUGUGCCAUCAAGAGGAUGAAUGGGCAAGACUAAAUAUUUAAGUGCCUUUGAAUGGGGUAUGGUAGUAAAGGCCAGGCGCACCGGUUUGUGUCAAGAACUGCAACGUUGCUGGGUUUUUCAUGCUGAACAAUUUUCAGUGUGUGUCAAGAAUGGUCCACCACCCAAAGGACAUCCAGCCAACUUGACACAACUGUGGGAUGCAUUGGAGUCAUCAUGGGCCAGCAUUCCUGUGGAACACUUUCGACACCUUGUAGAGUCCAUGCCCUGACGAAUUGAGGAUGUUCUGAGGGCAAAAGGGGGUGCAACUCAAUAUUAGGAAGGUGUUCUUAAUUUUUUGUACACUCAGUGUAUAUGUAUAUGAUGGUGUAUAUAGACAGUAUGGACAGUAUAUGAAUAGAAAAGGUGUGUACAGCAGUAGUUAAAUAGGAUAAGCCUUGACUAGAAUACAGUAUGUACAUAUGAAGUGGGUAAAACGGUAUGUAAACAUGGUGCUCCUCUCCAUGGUUUUCCCCAGAAGAGCGAAGGUCCAGGGGCCUGCAGCAGUGGCUGUCCUCCGUGUCAGAGGGCUCUGGCUGUGCAGAGCUGCGGCUGGCUCUGGGGGCUGUGAUCGUCGAGGAGAUGAGGGCUGCAGUGGAGCAGCAUACAGGCUACCGCUGCUCAGCAGGGAUAUCCCACAACAAGGUCAGUACUCUCUUCCCCUCUCAACACAACCAGUGUGUUCUUCCUCUUUCUGUCAAUAGUUCUACUAGCUUCCUUUACUUGUGUCCUUUCCCUCAUGAUCACUGAAUCUUGGCAGAACAUGACAGGUCUGAGCAACAUGGUGGAAACUUGGCCAGUCCUUUCAGCUGUCAGUUCUAGGGCAGUGUCUGUUUACUUAUCAUGUCUCCCCAGGUGCUGGCUAAACUAGCCUGUGGUCUGAACAAACCCAACCGCCAGACAAUCCUGCCUUUAGGCUCUGUUCCAGAGCUCUUCAACUCACUUCCCAUUAGCAAAAUGUGAGUGUACUGCUAGUGAAAACUAACUGUGUGCUGUAACUGAGAGAAAAAGACAAUUGACACAAUUACACAUAUCCUUCACUAUACAUGCAACAUACAAUACGAUCUUUCCUGGACUACAUGACCACAAACUAUGCAGAUGAAUACAGAAUCAACCUUACAGACUCAGAGAUAGACUGAUCCAGUCCUGUUGUUCCUCUCUCCAGCCGUAACCUGGGGGGUAAGCUGGGGGCGUCCAUCACAGAGACCCUAAAGGUAGAGAACAUGGGAGAACUGACCCGCUUCUCUCAGGCCCAGUUGGGACAGCACUUUGGGGACAAGACUGGGUAAACAACACACACUUCCUUCAUGUCAUGAAGUAUAUAAACCACUCUUUCUCAAUGAACCACACUUAGGUACUACUGUGGAUCAUUUUAAGUUAUUAGCUAAUUUUUUAUAUUGCAAUCUGGUGUUGUAAAAGUAACUAUUCUCUUAAAGUAGUUAUACUAUUUGCAGUGGUGACUAAUAUAGUUCCUAUAUUGAUAUAAAUAAAUAUUGCUCUCUUCAGCCAGUGGCUGUACGACCUGUGUCGGGGGUUUGACUUUGAGGCAGUGAAGCCCAGACAACUCCCUAAAUCCAUCGGCUGCAGCAAGAACUUCCCUGGGAAGACAUCUCUCGCUACCAGAGAGCGGGUACUCAGAGCUAUAUUCAUGCCCUCUCUCCAUCUGUUCUUCUGUCUGCCUCCUCUGGUGCAUCUCAGUAGAUUAUGGCCAGUCUCCCGUGUUGAUUCUUGUUGAGCUCUAUUCCUUCUAGGUCUGUUGAUGUCUGAAUAAAAACCUCUGUCUUAUCUCUGCAGGUGCAGCACUGGCUCUAUCAGUUGGCUCUGGAGCUGGAGGAGAGACUGACAAAGGACAGAGAGAUGGUGAGGGACUCCAUCUCAUCUCACCAUCUUCUCUUUGUCUCAUCCCUCCCUGUCUGGGUCACGCCCUCGUGAGACUAAGGGACAGAAGGAUAAUCUACCUGCAUACAUGUCACUCCUCUCCCUCCCAUUUCUGUCACUCAUUCUAUCUCUCUCCCUCUCUGUGUAGAAUGGUCGUGUGGCUAAGCAGUUGACUGUGGGUGUAAGGCAGUUGGGUGAUAAGAGGCCAAGCAGUUUCUCUCGGUGUUGCGCGUUGGCGCGCUACGAUGCCACCAAGAUCUCAUCGGACAGCUUCGCCAUCAUCAAGAGUCUUAAUACAGCAGGGAACCAUCAAGCAGCAUGGCAAGUUGCACAAAUUAAGUCUGCCGUGACAUUAGCUAUAUAUGCAAACAAAUCUAGACAGCAUGGCAAAUAUAACACCAUUAUUUGGAACACUACAGCUAUAGACCCCCUGAAAUCUUAACCUUCAGAGACUUUGAUUUCCCAUGGCCAGAGUAUUUCUUAUUUUUUGUAUGUUCGCGUUGUCUCACUCUCUCUUUCUGUCUCUUUCUAUCCAGGACUCCUCCCCUCACCCUGCUCCACCUUUCGGCCAGUAAAUUUAAUGAAGCACCCUCUUCCGGGGCCGGAGGAAUCGCUGGCUUCCUGUCCAGUGAUGUCACUUCCACCCAGGCCUCCACUCAGUCUUGCUCUGGCUCAAAGAAGGACUCCACCCCCGAGAGAUCCGGCGCCAUCCAGUCCUUCUUCCAAAGAGCUGCAGAGAAACAGAGGAAGGAGGAGGAGGAGGAGGAGGAGGGAGAUGAAGAAGAGAAUGAUAGGGGCUAUGGAACCUUUCUCCCACCUUUAUCUUUUCCUGUGUCUUUCUCUGUAGUAGAAAGGAGUGUGUCUGAGAAUACAACCCCAACCUCAACUGUCCCUAGUAGACCUUGUCACCCUUCCUCUGUAGUCAGUUCAUCAGCCAGCCCCCAGACUGCCAUUUCCUCCUUCUUUCAGAGGAAGACUCUUGGGAGAAACCAGCAGCUCGCAACCGCAGCCUCACACAGCGACAGUUUCGCAACAGGCAGAACAAGAUGUUCCACAGUAGGAAAUGAUACAAUAGGAAGUGUCCGACUUUUAACAGAAACAGUUGAGUGUGAAAUAGCAGGAAGUUACACAGCUCCGGGAGCUAAAACAUGUGAAGAGCAGACUGUGAACGUAAAUGUAAAACACACGAAUCACACUCAAUUCACUGGUUCUAACCAAGCAGAGGACCAAUCUCUGGGGUCUGGGGAGGGAACGUGUACCCGAUCAGAGGAAAAACAGUCUGGGGGGUCAGAGUUGCCCUACUAUCCCCCUUCUGACCCGCCUCAGUGCCUGGCCAGUGUGGCCAAAGAGGACCUGCUGACCUGUGAGUGCUGUGGCCAGGACGUGCUGGCCUGGGAGAUGCCUGAACAUAAUGACUACCACUUUGCCUUGGACCUACAGAACUCUUUCUCCUCCACCAAUGCCUCUCUUCAUUCCUCCUCUCUCUCCUCCUCUGUUUCGACCGCCUCCCGCCCACCUCUCAGAGCAGGCGCCCUGCUGUCGUCCCAUGGGAAGACGCGGGCCAGGGGCCAGUCAGGACCCAAGUCUAAACGGCUCCGCUCCACAGGGGGUAGUACUGGUACGCUGGACUCCUUCUUCAAGAGGAGCUGA